AUGUCUUCAUCACAAAAAGAUGCCUCGAAAUCAAACAAUGAUGUUACUGCACAACCGACAACCUUCUCACCGACAGUACUCACCUCUUCGUCAACAUCAACAACAACUAACGGACAUCCUUCUCACAAACACCUAUCUCACGAUCUUCUAAGGAAAUACAACCCUUCAGUCAACGCGUUGGACGAGGACGAUCUGAGUGAUGUCUCUUCCUCUUCCUCAGCUUCGUUGCAGAAGAAAAGCUUCACUCAGAGGAAAACAAUUUCUUCUACUUCGGAAAGUUCGGAUGAUGAUGAAUACGAGGUUCCGUCGAAGGAACCUUACGAAUCAAAAUACAUUACUCUAACAACAAUUAACGCCCUGGAUUUCUUGCCCAGCGGUGAUUGCACCGAUUCUCUGUCCUCUGAUGCUGUUCUAACCACCCUUUAUAAAGCUACAAAAAUGACUUUCACCUUAUGUUUGGCUUCUUCCAUAAUAUCUGCCGGCAUAUUUUUCUCUUCAGGGAAUGGAUUAAUCCUUGUUUUUAUUAAUAUUGCCAUGACAACCUGGUUUAUUAUGUGCUCCUUGAUCUGGUCUUUUUUUCUACUUCUUCUGAACCGCGCUUGGCCCCUCGGGCUUACCAUUUCUUAUGCUAAAAAGGCUUCAUUAUACAUGACCAUCAUCCAGUUUCUGUGUGAUCAGCGUUUUACCUAUUCGCAUUCUGACAUUUCCUUCCUCGGAAGUGUACUGUCCUAUGGUUCUGUGAUGAGCUUACCUAUCUUCAUAAUGCUCGAGCAGUUCCUCAACGCUUAUCAAAAGGAAAAGUUCCGUAAACAAGCCUUACUCAAGGUGGAGCGCGAGAAUUCCCAGAAUUCCGUGUAUCGAGCCCUCGAUCGUUUCAACGAACGCAAAGGCUUGUACCUUCGCACCAUCUCCGAUCAAUUACACCAAACUACUGAUCUGGCCAUGAGCACAUUGAAACAGUUGUCCCCCCCUCACUUCCUCUCCAAACCUCACGAACAGUUGUCCGCCUGUUCCAUGUCAAUGCCCACUACAUCGAUCAAUGCUGUUUACACCAUUCUCAAGGAUGUUAAUUAUAUUUCCACUCACCUGGGUACACUCUCCUUGUUGCUGUUCUCGGAUCCCAAUAAGGCCGAAAGAUCUAAUGUUAAACGGGAAUUCGAUAUCGGCGAGAUGAUCCAAAAUGUCGGUGAUGCUUUGGCUGGUGUUGCUUCUUGUGCAAAAGUUGAGUUGGUCAUCUACCAUGUGGAUUACGGCUUGAAUCAUUUGAACGUCAUCGGUGACGAGGCGGCCCUCCGGCACGCUCUGGUGGACUUACUCAAAUGCAUGUUAAGUGGCGCUAGCCCUGGGGCGUGCGUGGAACUGGGUCUUCAAGUGCGAGCAUCUGGAGGAGAUGGCGAAUCAACGUCCGAGAAGGAUUCGAACAUCAAGCCCAAUGAUAAGGUCACAUGCACAAUCGAGAUCAUCCACAAUCCGGGUUCCAUAAAACUCUCUCAGCGUAAGCCUAUGAUGAUUCCCAAUGCUAAUUUGGUGCACAAGGUUUUGGGUUUCCUGGGUGCUACGCUUAAGGCCGACGAGGAAAGUGACCUUCAACGUUUCGAGAUCACCAUAGAAUUGAAAGUCGGUUCACCCCUUGCUCAUCCUAGUGUGCCAACCGUUAACGAAGAGAUUCUUCAGCGUUACCCUCACCUGCGUAUCACCGGCGAACCAUCCGUCAAGGACCUCGUCAAAACUUCCCAGAACAUGAGAGGUCAAAAGGUCGCCUUGCACGCCACCAGCAAGAGUUUCUUCGCGAAACAUAUAACGAGUUGUUUGACCACUUGGGGAACGGAUAUCUCACACAUACCGAUAGGCGAUGAAGAAGACUUGGAAGCCUCAUCGCCCGUGGAAUCCAGAACCGGUUCUCCCCUCGGAGUUCUUGAUUCGGAACAAAAUUCAUCGGUCAAACCUUCAAGUCGCGGAACUUCACAGUUGCCAGCAAACUCCGUACCUCCUACAUUCAUAAUAAUCGAUGAUGACAUUGAGACUCUUAAACAGCAAUUGACACAACUUCGUAAUGCCCCCUUUCCGGACAUUGUCGCCGCUGCUCCCAUGUUUAACGCGAAAUCUGGUCAUAACAAACGUCGCCCGCAAGCUCCGGUGCUUCCUCAUCAAACAACCGCGGUCAUACAUUUUACGUCGCUCUCGAAUUAUAAGCAAGUCAAGGAUUCUGUACAGUGCAUGUUAUCUCCUGCCUCGGCUGGCUCGUUUCCGUUGCCACAAGUGCUGGUAAUUCCUAAACCUGCCGGUCCGAGAAGAUUCCUUAAUGCUUUGCAUACGACCACAAACAAGAUUGUGGUGGACCCCGUUUACAUACCCAUCGCGACCUCGCCGAUGAGUCCAGGUUCGCAAUAUGCGAAUGGAUUAUAUGCCAGCGGUGAAGUCAACCCAAUGGAACAAAUCAGCGACCAAUCCAAUAAUUAUUUCCCUUCAGACGUCGCUCAACGUUCGAACACGUCUUCACCUUCGGAUGGCAACGUGCCACGAUCAACGGCCAGCGGUGGUCCGUCGAGUCCUCGCAUAAUAAUCUUUCCGAAACAGCCGAGAAAUUCCGAUGGCCGUGCAGGUAUAAUAGAAAAAUUUGGAAAAGGCAGUUCAACUUCGACCACCCCUCCAAUAUACACAAAUCAGACGACCACCAGAAUACUGCCCAACAAUCAAUCACCUGGAACCAUGUCACCCACGACUGGCAUACCGAACGCAAACUUUUUCCCGGAAAUGCCAGUCUCCGAAUCACCUGUUUUACCCAGUGUGCCUGCAACGAAUGGAUCUCAACCGGCAACACCUUCACAAGAGGUUUCGACUUCCGUGCAAAAUAAACCUUCGCCGGUCCCUUCGACGCGAAGAAGAACUAAACCGAAUGGUAAUCGUCUGAUCGGUGUCAUCCCUCCGAUUAACGUGCUGAUAGUGGAAGAUAAUCCGAUCAAUCAAACAAUUUUGUCAACGUUCAUGAGAAAGAAAAAGAUUAAAUUCGAGUGCGCUGCUAACGGACAAGAGGCUGUAGAUAAGUGGCAGAAGGGAGGAUUCCACCUGGUGUUGAUGGACAUUCAAAUGCCAGUGAUGGAUGGAAUUGAGGCUACAAAAACAAUACGACGAUUGGAAAAAUCACAGAAGAUUGGUGUUUUCCCACCGACGCCUCCGGCACAGUUGUCGACCUCGUCGCCUUCUUCCUCCAACUCAUCCACUCCCGCAUCGACCCCUUCUUCACAAGAUUUACCAAACCGAUCUCCGGUCAUUAUAGUGGCGUUAACUGCUUCUUCGUUAUCAUCGGAUAGGCAAAAUGCUCUGGCGGCUGGGUGCAAUGAUUUUCUUACUAAACCGGUGAGCUUAGAAUGGCUUGAAAAGAAGAUCAACGAGUGGGGCUGUAUGCAAGCGUUAAUUGAUUUUGAUGGUUGGAGAAAGUGGAAAAAGGUGGAAGAAACUGAGAAAUCCAACGAAAAGAAAACAGGAAUAAGUAAGUCUUUGGGUUCACCGGGUGACAAAAUCAAGAGGAGAGAUACUACUCUUAGCAGAGAAACCACUCCUCCGAUCAAUCAAAGCAUGUCUUAUCCACCGCCUUCAUCAAAUUCAGUCUCGCCGAGAUCUCACACAGUGCUACAGAGUUCAAGCGGUGAGCCCAUUUCAUCUCAUCCCAAUGACGCGUCUUUAUCAUCCUCACCCUUCAAACCUCUUGAUGUUGGAAUCGUAAGCAAGCCAAGAAAUGCAGAGUCGGAUUCUUUGGUGAAAGAUCGAAGAAUGAGUAGUGGUGACAUAAUAUCAACAAGCACAAGCCGUGCAAAUUCAAUGGUCAAUAGUAACAUCAUGAAUUCAAAUAUCACGAUACCGUUAUUCACACCGACAACUGCCAUCUCGUUACCACAAGGUAACGAAUCAUCACCAAAAAGGGUUGUUCGUAAAAGAGGAAAUACAUUCUCCUCGUCGUUGAACAAUAGCUGA